AUGCGUUGCGAUCCAGCAAGUUCGGAAGCUGCUCUCCCUUGACGUGGAUGAGAGCCCGCGGAACAGGGAUACCGGUCACCUUCGGUAGUGUCAGAAGCUUGUCGAGAUGUCAUGUUGCCAGGAAGUCUGUACGAGAAGUUGUACACUCACACUGACAGUGGACCAGCCUCUCAUAGGGGUGGGCAUCGUGCCUUCUCCAGACUCAGGUUUAUAAUGACGAAGAACCUCAGACUGGGGAUGGGUUUAAUAUUACCUACAACACGCCCGACAAUGUUACAAGAAGCUCAUACACCCCAUGCCUGGCGACAUUUUCACAGCUAGCAUCAUCUGUACAGACCACACCUUUAAAAAGGCCUCAUGAACAAGUUGACCAGGCCAAGCCUUCGGAUCAGUCAUCCAGAACCCACGAAAACCCGUCCUGUCCCAUGCAUCGUCAAUUACAGUCGCCCUCAGAGCCACCCCAGGGGUGAGGUUGGGAGUCCCUUGAGUCCUACCUUUGUACCCUCGCCAGCCAGUGAUAUCACACUAGUUUCCUCGCCCCGAGAUACAUCCAAUGUCGAUGUGGGCAUGACAGAAGUGCUUCAGGAGCAAGAACAGCAGAUAACGGCAACACCACCACAACAGGGCCGCCGACUAUUCGGAUCAUUCGACCAAACUCAGCUUGACGAGGCGUGGGAUGCGUUGCCGUACGAAUACGAUCAGCUCAACACUUGGGGCCGUAUCCGGCGACGAGUACAUCGACCGUUAGCUGAAUGGCUGGGGUCGACAAUUUUCAUGGUCAUCGGCUUGUCUGGCAGUUUAGUGCACCUGACGUCGCGCCAGGCCGCCACCGACACGCUAGGCGAGUAUCUUUCGUGGGGUCUCGGGGUCAUGAUGGGAGUCUACAUCGUCGGAGGAUCGUCCGGAGCGCACCUGAACCCCGUCGUGACGAUCGUCUUCACCGUGUUUCGCAGCUUCCCCGCGGGGAUGUGCCUUCAGUACAUUGUCGCCCAGCUACUCGGCGCCUUCACCGCUUCCGCCAUCGUGCUGGGACUCUACCACGACGCCAUUGAACAGUACGACGGGACGAAUGCAGGAGGUGCCGGUUCGGCAUUCUACACCCUCCCGCGGCCGGGGUUGAGCCUCGUGGCCGCAAUGCUGACCGAAUGCGUGGGUACGGGGAUUCUAUGUAUCGCCGUGCUCGCCCUGAACGAUCCUCGAAACGUCCCUCGACGCACCAACAUGCAUGCUAUAGUCAUGGCUCUCGUGGUCACUGGUUUAUGUCUCGCAUUUUCUUACAACACGGGCACCUGUCUGAACCCGGCGCGAGACUUUGGGCCACGGCUGCUUAUAUGGGCCACGGGCGUCGGAGAUGGUAACGUCUGGACCAUGGCCACUUACUGGUGGGCCUGGGGACCGUGGGGAAGCACCAUUGCCGGCGGCGUGAUAGGCGCCGGUAUUUAUGACCUCUUCAUCUUUGUCGGUCCGGAAAGUCCCAUCAACUUUCCUCGUGGAAGGUUGGGGAGUCAUGUCAGGGCUGUCCGGGAUAAAAUCACCCCGGUAUCCACGACGACCACGACAAGCAAUUGUGUGGACGUCGAAAAGGGUCGGACCACAAAUAAUGACGGACAACGACAGUGAGAAUGGGUGUCCUUCUUUCUCAUGUGCCACAGUUUCCAGGGCCUGGUUAGACUCGGGAAUGUCGGGUGUAUUCUUCUGACGGAGGACGGUGAAAUUGUA